AUGUCAAACCUUGCAAAACUCGAAUUUGUUGCUCUUGAUAUUACUGGAAACAACUAUCUGUCUUGGGUGUUAGAUGCUGAAAUACACUUAGAUGCAAAGGGACUUGGUGAUACUAUUAAAGAAAACAAUACUGCAACAAGCCAAGAUAAGGCUAAAGCUAUGAUAUUCCUUCGCCAUCACCUUCAUGAAGGCCUUAAGACUGAAUACUUGACUAUUAAAGACCCACAAACACAAUACCGUGAAAAGGGUUUUACAAAAUAUUCUGAAUUGAUAUCUUGUCUCCUUGUGGCCGAGCAAAAUAAUGAACUAUUAAUGAAAAAUCAUGAAUCACGCCCAACUGGCUCUACUCCAUUCCCUAAAGCGAAUGCGACAUCCCAUAGUGGGAAAGAGAAAAAGGCUAGAGAUCACGCCAGCAGUCGUGGUCGAGGUCGUGGACGAGGCCACGGACGUGGACAUGAUCGUGGUCGAGGUGGUCAUUUUAGAAACUCAUACUCUCACCAGAAGUGGGACAAUAAAGAUGGAAAUAAGAAUGAGAAGGAUAAAUAUGAAAACAUAUGCUAUCGUUGUGGAGGAAAAGGCCAUUGGUCUCGUGUGUGUCGCACACCAAAACAUCUAGUAGACCUUUAUCAACAAUCAAUCAAACAGAAAGGAAAGUAG